GGCACAAUAUUUCCAAUUAAAACAUUCCGAAAUUCACACAACAAUCAAAGAAAAGGAAACAUGAGACACAUAAGUUCUUCUAGUCAUGUGAGCUGAGCAAUCGGAACUAGCUUAGCAUUUGAGGAAACGGAGAAGCCAUGCUUCAUUCAGAAGCAUUGAGGAAACACAACAAUUAGAGCUCCCUGCUGCAGCACCGCCCUCCCACCCCAAUCGAGAAUCGAAAUCCCAAACCGAUCGGAGCUCGCCGCUGCACUGCAGAGCCCCACCCUCGCCCCCUACCGCCCAGCGUCGCCUCUCAGACCAUAGAUCUUAGCGUUUCUAUGCGACUUGGAGGUGCCAACAACCCAUUUAAUUGCUUUAUUUGGAGUUGAUUAUGUCGUCAGCUCAAGACCCUUUUUACAUUGUGAAAGAGGAGAUUCAGGAUUCUAUUGAUAAGUUUCUCCAAACCUUUCACAAAUGGGAACGGAUGCCUUCAGAUAGUGGGGAGAGGAUACACCUCACUAAGGAGGUUCUUACUGGAUCUGAGAGCAUAGAAUGGCAGGUAGAUGAAUUGGACAAGGCAAUAACUGUUGCAUCUAGGAAUCCUGCUUUGUAUGGUAUCGAUCAAGUGGAGCUUGAUAAUCGAAGAAGAUGGACAAGCAAUGCUCGGAAUCAGGUGAAAAGUGUCAAGAAUUCAGUUGUAACUGGAAAAGAGUUGAAUGACACUAGCACAUCUAAUUUCAGUGAAAUGCGCCGAGAGCUUAUGAGACUGCCAAAUCCUCAUCAUGCUGAUCAAUCACAAAAGUACAGUGCAGAUAAUGAUGAUUUUAUAUCAUCAGAAUCUGAUAGACAACUACUUCUCAUGAGGCAACAGGAUGAAGAACUAGAUGAACUUAGUAACAGUGUGCAAAGGAUCGGAGGUGUAGGGCUUACUAUACAUGAAGAGCUCCUUGCACAGGAGAAAAUUGUAGAUGAACUUGGCAUGGAGAUGGACGGCACAUCAAACCGUCUUGAUUUUGUUCAGAAAAAGGUUGGUGUGGUUAUGAAGAAGGCGGGUGCGAAGGGCCAAAUCAUGAUGAUUUGUUUUUUACUGGUUUUGUUCAUUAUUCUAUUUGUGCUCGUCUUCUUGACAUGAGCAGGAGGAGAGCAUUCAUACAAUAAUAAGUGGGGAAAUUUUCACUCUUUGUUGUAAAUGUAUUGCUUGCGGACUGCACAUCAAGAGACUAAUACGAGUGAAUGAGAGUUAUCAUCACAUUCAUACUCAAUGGGCAAUGUGAUCAAAAGUCAAAACCACUUGUGUUUUAAGGUGGUGUUUAUUACAA